AUGAACCGUACCCAACGGCCCAGUGCGAGCUCUUCCGACCGCAACGAGAGUAUUCCAGCUCUGACCCCCGCGGACAGUUCUUCUUCGUUUGGACUCGUCGAAAGUAUAGCACCCGAUAGUGAGCGGCUGGGUUCCAACAACACUGCAGAGGAACAGCAGGGGGAAUCGGUUCAUACCUAUAUCAAUCGAAUCCAACAUCUCAGGUGUCAGUUCGAGGACCCGCUCGAGACCAUUUCUGGCACCGGAGAAACCAUUCAGACCGGUGUGCUGUUCGCAGAGAUCUCAAAGCACUAUUUAAGCAUUGCGAAAGCGCUCGAGGACAAUCCAUCUAAAUUCGAAAUUUUGACAGCUCGUGACUAUGGUUGGCUGCUGACGAGCGUUCGUCCUGGUAAAAGGGCCAUCGGUUCCAGUGCUGCAAGUCGUUCGGAAUCAUUGUCGCUGAAGCGAGCUUCACAGACGAUUUCAAGAAUGCCUAGACAAAAGCGAUUGAAACGGCCUCCAAUCCCAGAGACUAGUUCUGAGGGGGAUUCCGACUUCUCCAUGGAUAGUGAUCAUAUAAACUGGCGACCAUCGGGAAGCGGAUCGGAAAGCGACCUUCGAGGGACCAACGAGGGUGAGGAGGAAUGGUUGAUGAUGAAACCGGACCUAUCAGGGCACAUCAUUCCGCGUGGAACUUCAUCGUUUGUCUCGCCUUACAACGCUUCAGGAAGAUCUGGUGCUGCUCAGGGAUCUACCGAAUCACUGCGACAAUCUGUAGCUUCAAGUUUAGCGGUCACGGAUAUUCCCCCGAACACCAUUCUGGGCCAUGUCGGGCGCUUGGAGAUGAGUACGACGUUGAAGCGUAAACAACACAACAUAUCUCAGCAGCGUCGACCCCCUCCGUAUGUGGAAAUUGUGAAACGAGUUGAUCGUACCAAGCGAGCGGAGCCGUCCAGUGCCCCAGUGGGUCCGGGUGAUCGUCACAGCGGCACAUCCGAAUGCCCUCGCAUGGGUCUAGCGGCGGAUGUCAACCGUGAGCUAAUGAGGGAAAUUGACGAGGUUUUUGAGGCCGUGGAGCUUGGAGGUGCCAAUUUUUAA